AAUAAUAAUCUCUUAAAUGUUAAUAAAACACACCCCGCAUCUACUUCCCUCCUGCUACUGAAGAAGAAUCAAUCUUUGCAUGUUCGCCAUUGGAAUUUGUAUAAUAGUGUUUCAGAAGAAGAGCCAAUCCGGUUGAAGAAGGAAGAGUUUUCGUUUUCGUUUUUUUUUUUGUUUCUUCAGACUUUUUUUUUUCCUCCAUUGUUUGAAGGCAAGACAAUAUGUCUGAAGCUCAAAGGAGGCUGAUGGCAGUGGGUAUAAGACCCACUAACGGGUACAUAAAUGGUGGAGCUGUUCCAUUGAGGUCCCCCGUUUUGAUACCAGAGGUGGAUGAGUUCUGUCACACUCUCGGUGGGAAAAGGUCAAUUCAUAGUAUCUUGAUUGCCAACAAUGGAAUGGCAGCUGUCAAGUUUAUACGCAGCGUUAGAACGUGGGCUUACGAAACAUUCGGUACAGAAAAGGCAAUUCUGUUGGUGGCAAUGGCUACCCCUGAGGACAUGAGAAUAAAUGCAGAGCAUAUAAGGAUAGCUGAUCAAUUUGUCGAAGUACCUGGUGGGACUAACAAUAAUAACUACGCUAAUGUGCAGCUCAUUGUUGAGAUGGCAGAGAUGACGCAUGUUGAUGCUGUGUGGCCUGGUUGGGGUCAUGCGUCUGAAAAUCCCGAGUUACCUGAUGCUUUAGGUGAGAAAGGAAUCAUAUUUCUGGGGCCACCAGCUGCAUCGAUGGCGGCAUUGGGAGAUAAAAUUGGGUCGUCGUUGAUUGCACAAGCUGCAGAAGUGCCUACUCUUCCAUGGAGCGGCUCUCAUGUGAAAAUUCCUCCAGAAAGCUCUUUAGUCACUAUCCCUGAUGACAUAUAUCAAGAAGCAUGUGUUCAUACAACAGAAGAAGCCAUUGCCAGCUGUCAAGUUGUGGGUUAUCCUGCAAUGAUCAAGGCAUCUUGGGGUGGAGGUGGCAAAGGCAUAAGAAAGGUCCAUAAUGACGACGAGGUCAAGGCUUUGUUCAAGCAAGUUCAAGGUGAAGUUCCAGGAUCCCCCAUAUUUAUAAUGAAAGUUGCUUCCCAGAGCCGACAUCUUGAAGUCCAACUACUCUGUGAUCAAUAUGGAAAUGUUGCAGCUUUGCACAGCCGCGAUUGCAGUGUGCAAAGAAGACAUCAAAAAAUUAUUGAGGAGGGCCCAAUUACUGUUGCUCCCAUCGAGACAACAAAGAAACUUGAGCAGGCUGCUAGAAGGUUGGCCAAAAGUGUAAAUUACAUUGGAGCUGCAACCGUGGAGUAUUUAUACAGUAUGGAAACUGGGGAAUAUUACUUUUUGGAGCUAAAUCCACGGCUACAGGUGGAGCACCCUGUUACGGAGUGGAUAGCUGAGAUAAAUCUUCCUGCAGCACAAGUUGCAGUUGGAAUGGGUAUCCCUCUGUGGCAAAUUCCAGAGAUACGGAGAUUUUAUGGAAUGGAACAUGGUGGAGGAUACGAUGCUUGGAGGAAAACGUCUAUUGGUGCUACACCAUUUGAUUUUGACAAGGCAGAGUCAACAAAGCCAAAAGGUCAUUGUGUAGCAGUUCGUGUGACCAGUGAAGAUCCUGAUGAUGGUUUUAAGCCAACAAGUGGAAGAGUGCAGGAGCUGAGUUUCAAAAGUAAGCCAAAUGUGUGGGCGUACUUCUCGGUCAAGUCUGGAGGAGGUAUUCAUGAAUUUUCAGAUUCCCAAUUUGGACACGUGUUCGCCUUUGGAGAAUCCCGAGCUUUGGCCAUCGCAAAUAUGGUUCUUGGGCUCAAAGAAAUUCAAAUUAGAGGAGAAAUCCACACAAAUGUUGAUUACACAGUUGAUCUCUUACAUGCUUUAGAUUACAAGGAUAACAAAAUCCACACAGGGUGGCUAGAUAGCAGAAUCGCGAUGAGGGUCAGAGCAGAAAGGCCCCCUUGGUAUCUUUCUGUGGUUGGAGGAGCUCUUUAUAAAGCUUCUGCUAGUAGUGCAGCGAUGGUUUCAGAAUAUGUUGGUUAUCUUGAAAAGGGACAGAUUCCUCCCAAGCAUAUUUCACUGGUCAAUUCUUUAGUUUCACUGAAUAUCGAAGGAAGCAAAUAUACAAUAAAUAUGGCAAGAGGAGGCCCCGGAAGCUAUAGAUUGAGGAUGAAUGAUUCGGAGAUUGAAGCAGAAAUACAUACUCUACGUGACGGAGGUCUAUUAAUGCAGCUGGAUGGAAACAGUCAUGUUUUAUAUGCAGAAGAGGAAGCAGCAGGCACGCGCCUUCUUAUUGAUGGAAGAACUUGUUUGCUUCAGAAUGAUCAUGAUCCAUCCAAGUUGAUGGCAGAAACACCGUGCAAGCUACUCAGGUAUCUGGUUGCAGAUGGCAGCCAUGUUGAUGCUGACACACCUUAUGCGGAAGUGGAGGUCAUGAAGAUGUGUAUGCCUCUUCUUUCACCUUCUUCUGGAAAGAUUCAUUUUAACAUGUCUGAAGGUCAAGCAAUGCAGGCUGGGGAGCUUAUAGCAAGACUUGACUUAGACGAUCCUUCAGCUGUAAGAAAAGCAGAACCCUUUCAUGGUAGCUUCCCCAUUCUGGGACCUCCAACAGCCAUAUCUGGAAAAGUUCAUCAACGGUGUGCUGCAAGUUUGAAUGCUGCUCGAAUGAUUCUUGCUGGAUACGAGCAUAACAUUGAUGAAGUAGUUCAAAACUUGCUCAGUUGCUUGGACAAUCCUGAGCUCCCUUUCCUUCAGUGGCAAGAGUGCUUUGCAGUUCUGGCGAACAGACUACCGAAGGACCUUCGAUAUGAGUUGGAAACAAGAUAUAAGGAGUUUGAGGGAAUUGCAAACAGGCAGAUUGUUGAGUUCCCUGCGAAAAUUUUACGUCGUAUUCUUGAGGCCCACUUAAACUACUGUCCUGACAAAGAAAGAGGUGCCCAAGAAAGACUGGUUGAGCCUCUGACAAGUCUUGUCAAGUCUUAUGAGCGUGGAAGAGAAAGCCAUGCUCGCAUCAUAGUUCAGGGACUUUUUGAAGAAUAUUUAUCUGUUGAAGAAUUAUUUAGUGAUAAUAUACAGGCUGAUGUAAUCGAACGGUUAAGACUUCAAUAUAAGAAAGAUCUCCUCAAGAUUGUGGACAUUGUACUCUCCCGUCAGGGCAUCAGAAGUAAAAAUAAGCUGAUACUACGUCUUCUGGAACAACUUGUGUAUCCUAAUCCUGCUGCGUACCGUGAUCAACUUAUCCGAUUUUCUACACUCAAUCAUACAAAUUACUCUGAGUUAGCAUUGAAGGCAAGUCAACUGCUGGAGCAGACAAAACUCAGCGAGCUUCGUUCGAGCAUCGCAAGAAGUCUUUCAGAGCUAGAAAUGUUUACCGAAGAAGGUGAGAACAUGGAUACACCUAAGAGAAAAAGUGCAAUAAAUGAACGAAUGGAAGCUCUUGUGGAUGCUCCUUUGGCAGUUGAAGAUGCACUUGUUGGUCUUUUCGACCACAGUGAUCACACACUUCAAAGAAGGGUUGUUGAGACUUAUGUGCGGAGAUUAUAUCAGCCCUAUCUCGUAAAGGGAAGUGUGAGGAUGCAGUGGCACAGAUCUGGACUUAUAGCAUCAUGGCAAUUCUUGGACGAGCAUGUACAGAGAAACAAUAGAUCUGAAGAUGAGUUCUCAAAGCGGAAUGAGGGGAAGUGGGGAGCAAUGGUUGUCAUUAAGUCUCUUCAUUUCUUGCCUACAGUUGUAGCUGCUGCACUAAGAGAAGCAACAAAUAACUGGCAAGCUGUAGUUCCAGAUCAAUCUAUACAUCCAGCUACUAGUGGUAAUAUGAUGCACAUUGCCUUGGCAGGAAUCAACAACCAAAUGAGUUUACUUCAGGAUAGUGGUGAUGAGGAUCAGGCUCAAGAGAGAGUAGAUAAGCUGGCGAAAAUAUUGAAGGAGAAAGAAGUAAGCUCCAGUCUUAGAAAUGCUGGAGUAGGGGUCGUUAGUUGUAUUAUACAGAGAGAUGAAGGCCGCGGCCCAAUAAGGCACUCUUUCCAUUGGUCGACAGAAAAACUUUACUACGUGGAACAACCUCUAUUGCGUCACUUGGAACCACCUCUAUCCAUAUAUCUUGAGCUGGACAAACUAAAAGAUUACGAAAAUAUACGGUAUACUCCUUCCCGGGAUCGUCAGUGGCACCUUUAUACAGUUGUAGAUAAGCUACUUCCUGUCCAGAGGAUGUUUCUUAGGACAUUUGUGAGACAGCCUAUUUCAAAUGAAGGUCUGACUGUAUAUCAGGUAGAUCAAGGGGAGAGUCGGUCUUUGUGGACCCUAUCCUUCACUUCAAGGAGCAUUUUGAGGUCUUUAAUGUCCGCACUGGAGGAGCUUGAACUCAAUGCCCAUAAUUCUGCCACUAAAUCUGACCAUGCUCAUAUGUACCUGUAUAUCUUGAGGGAGCAACAAAUAAAUGAUCUUUUGCCAUACAACCAAAGAGUGGAUGUAUCUAGUGGCGACGAGGAAGCUACAGUUGAGAAAAUUCUUGAUGAGAUGGCACGUGAAAUUAAUGCAUCAGUUGGUGUUAGAAUGCAUCGUUUAGGAGUUUGCGAGUGGGAAAUUAAGCUUUGGAUAUCGUCUGAAGGAAAUGCUAAUGGAGCUUGGAGAGUUGCGGUGAAAAAUGUGACUGGUCAUACUUGCAUUGUUCACAUCUAUAGAGAAAUUGAGGAUUCCACCAAAGAGACAGUAGUCUACAGUUCCACCUCCAACGACUCCCCUUUGCAUGGAUUACCCGUGAAUUCACAAUAUAAUCCUUUGGGAGUUCUUGAUCGAAAGCGUCUGCUCGCCCGUAGAAGCAGCACAACUUAUUGCUACGAUUUCCCACUGGCAUUCGAGGCGGCUCUGAACAAAUCAUGGACCCCACAUUCCGGAAUCACCAAGCCUAAAGAUAAGCCAAUACUCCGAGUCACGGAGUUAAUCUUUGCAGACAAGAAAGGCAAUUGGGGCACUCCUCUUAUUCCCAUCGAACGCCAGCCUGGACUUAACGACAUUGGCAUGGUGGCAUGGCGAAUCGAAAUGUCCACGCCCGAAUUCCCUUCCGGCCGGACAAUUUUCGUAGUAUCGAACGAUGUAACCUUCAAAAACGGUUCGUUCGGUCCAAGAGAGGACGCCUUCUUCCAGGCUGUUACCAAUGUUGCUUGUGCAGAGAAACUGCCUCUAAUCUACCUGGCAGCCAAUUCUGGUGCCCGCAUAGGCGUGGCCGAGGAAGUCAAAUCCUGCUUUAAGGUUGGCUGGUCCGACGAAACGAACCCAGAGCGCGGUUUCCAAUACGUCUACUUAACUCCGGAGGACUACACACGCAUAGAAGCUUCCGUGAUAGCGCACGAGCUGAAGCUCUCAAGCGGAGAAAUCCGAUGGGUGAUCGAUACUAUUGUGGGGAAAGAGGAUGGUCUAGGCGUUGAAAGUUUAACAGGCAGUGGUGCCAUUGCUAGUGCCUAUUCGAAGGCAUACCACGAAACGUUCACCGUGACUUACGUGACCGGAAGAACCGUUGGCAUCGGUGCUUAUCUCGCUCGUCUCGGUAUGCGGUGCAUACAGAGGCUCGAUCAGCCGAUUAUUCUAACUGGUUUCUCCGCUCUGAACAAACUCCUCGGCCGUGAGGUGUACAGUUCGCACAUGCAGCUCGGUGGGCCUAAAAUCAUGGCCACGAAUGGGGUCGUUCAUCUAACCGUCUCGGAUGAUCUCGAGGGUAUUUCAGCCAUUUUGAAGUGGUUGAGCUUCGUUCCACCGUACUCCGGUGGUCCCCUCCCUGUUUUGAGGCCGUUGGACCCGCCCGAACGGGCAGUCGAGUAUCUGCCCGAGACUUCGUGUGAUCCACGCGCAGCCAUAUGUGGUUCCGUUGAUGGUCACGGAAAAUGGCUUGGGGGUAUGUUCGAUAGAGACAGCUUCAUCGAGACCUUGGAAGGCUGGGCAAGAACGGUUGUUACGGGCAGGGCGAAGCUAGGUGGAAUCCCCGUUGGAAUUGUUGCAGUCGAAACUCAAACUAUGAUGCAGGUGAUACCUGCGGACCCCGGCCAGCUGGAUUCGCACGAGAGGGUCGUUCCUCAAGCGGGACAGGUGUGGUUUCCUGAUUCGGCGACGAAGACUGCUCAAGCGUUGAUGGAUUUCAACAUGGAGGGGCUGCCCUUAUUCAUUCUAGCCAAUUGGAGGGGGUUUUCGGGUGGGCAGAGGGACCUCUUUGAAGGUAUUUUACAGGCAGGUUCGACUAUUGUGGAGAAUCUUCGGACUUACGGGCAGCCCGUUUUCAUAUACAUACCUAUGAUGGGAGAGCUUCGUGGUGGUGCCUGGGUGGUUGUGGACAGUAAGAUUAAUCCUGAUCAUGUCGAGAUGUACGCGGAGAAAACGGCUAAGGGUAAUGUACUCGAGCCUGAAGGAUUGAUCGAGAUUAAGUUUCGAAAUAGAGAAUUGCUUGAGUGUAUGGGUAGGCUCGAUCCCGAGCUAAUCAAUCUCAAGUCCAAACUUAAGGACUCUCCAAAUGGGGAAGAUCUGCAGAGGAAAAUAAAAGCCCGCGAAAAGAAACUUCUGCCUUUGUACACUCAGAUAGCUACGAAAUUUGGGGAGCUGCACGAUACUUCGCUUAGAAUGGCUGCAAAAGGGGUGAUCAAAGAAGUUGUGGAAUGGCAAAAUUCUCGGAAUUUUUUCUACAAAAGAUUGUAUAGGAGAGUUGUCGAGGAUGGAUUGGUCAAGACCCUGAGAGAUGCGGCCGGUCAGCAAUUUGACUACAAAUCCGCACGCGAUACGAUUAAGCAGUGGUUCUUGAACUCGGAAAUUGGUGGAGGUGAAGAAAGUUCGUGGGCGGACGAUGAAGCUUUUUUCUCGUGGAGAGAAGAUUCUAGAAACUACGAGGAGAAGCUACAUGAGCUUCGUGUGCAAAGAAUGUUGUUUCAGUUUUCCAGCCUUGGGAAUUCGACAAUGGAUUUACGAGCACUACCUCAAGCUCUUGCUGCUUUGUUGGAAAAGGCGGAUCCUUCAAUAAGAGAUCAAUUGAUAGAUGAGCUGAGAGAGGUGCUACAUUGAUUGACAUAUGGUUGCAGCUUUUUACCGAUGUGGGAUUGCGGUCGAAUCUGGUAUUCCUUGUAAGCAAAUUUAUAUUAUAUACGAGUAAAAUGUAUGGAUGUUGGUCAACUUAAAUUAAUUCGAGAAUGUUUAGUGUAAAAUUAUAUGGGAGGGAAGAAAAAGUGUAGCAUGCGAAGGCUUCCUUUCUUGAGCGGCUUCAUGCUAAAUCCCCGUGUAAAAUUAGUUCAGAAUAUGUAAUCAAUUCAUUUAUAUUUUUCCGAAAUAUGAAUAAAAUGUAGAGUGAGGAGGGUGGACUCUUCUUACCCUGGAAAUGAAGCAACGAACAAGUUCUCGAUGAUAGAUGAUCACAAUGUGUUGUGUGUUGUUUAAAUGAUGUUUAAUAUAUUUUCUGGCAUGUUA